UAUCAAUCUGCAGCAAAGAUGGUCUUGUGGGAGGCAGUUGUUGCUAUUGCUGUUGCCGUACUAGACAUAGGCCUCAUCUUCUUUAUGGUUUGGAAUGUAAUAUGCUUUGAUGAGCUUAGAAGUGACUACAGGAAUCCUGUAGAUUUAUGCAAUUCAUUAAAUCCACUUGUUCUGCUAGAAUAUUUUGGUCACGUCUUGCUGGUCGUUCUACUGGCAAUAGGAGGCUUCAUGUGGACUCUGUUUCUCAAUGUUCCUCUUCUUCUCUAUCACAUGUGCAGGUAUUACCGAAGACCUCGAAUGAGUGUGCCAGGUCUGUACGAUCCCACAAACGUGAUGAAUAUGACUGAAAUGAAAUUCAAUAUAAGAGAGGGAUGGACUAAGCUCGUCUAUUAUCUAUUUUGCUUUUUCUUCUAUUUGUUCAACGUUCUCUACAUCUUCCUUUCAGAGACAUCAUAGUGGACAGCUACUUCUGUUUAGUUAGCAGUGAUGUUAAGUAACAGUACAUACAAUUUUCAGUCGUAUUAUCCGUGGUAGUUGUAUGUACAUACAUUGUUGCUAUGGAUAAGUACAUGCAUUGCACAGUACGUAAUUAGUGUUUGAAUUUUAUGGCAGAGGUAGUCGUCACCUUGGCAACCUCACAAAAUUUUAGUCGUCAAUGAGUUUGACUUUACGUAUAUUUCAUUGACAUCAACUAGUGAUACUGAUUGUUCUGGCAAGUAAACGAAA